AGAUUUCGGCUUCAGCUUACGCACGACCCCUGUGUCGCUUUCUGCCUACUGCCCGCCAUGCCGGCCAAGCUGAGCAUUAACGAUGUGGACGUUGCUGGCAAGCGCGUGUUCAUGCGCGUUGACUUCAACGUGCCACAGGACAAGGCAGACCCUACCAAGAUUACCAACACCCAGCGGAUCGAUGGCGCGUUGCCCACCAUCCAGAAGGUCUUGGCCAAGGGCGCCAAGUCCGUGGUCCUGGCGUCCCACCUGGGACGGCCGGACGGCAGCGUUGUGGCGAAGUACUCCUUGGCACCUGUGGCCAAGAUUUUGGAGGAGAAGCUUGGCAAGCCAGUGACUUUCUGCCAGGACUGCGUCGGGCCGGAGGUCGAGGCAGCUUGCGCCGACCCCGCGCCUGGCUCCGUGAUCCUUCUGGAGAACCUUCGCUUUCAUGUUGAGGAGGAGGGCAAGGGUGUCGACCCAGAGGGCAACAAGAUCAAGGCCGACAAGGACAAGGUUGCCGCCUUCCGCGCCUCCAUUAGGAAGCUGGCAGACAUCUACUGCAACGACGCCUUCGGCACAGCUCACCGCGCCCACAGCUCCAUGGUGGGCGAGGGCUUUGACGUCAAGUGCGCUGGGGAUCUCAUGGGCAAGGAGCUGGAGGCUUUUGCGAAGGUGCUGGACAGCCCCGCAAAGCCGGUGCUUGCCAUCCUGGGGGGCGCCAAGGUGAGCGACAAGAUCCAGCUGAUCAUGAACAUGCUGGACAAGGUGGACAAGAUGAUCGUUGGCGGAGGCAUGGCCUUCACCUUCUUGAAGGUUGCGAACGGCAUGAACAUUGGAACUUCGCUCUUUGAUGAGGAAGGUGCCAAGAUUGUGCCGGAGAUUAUCAAGAAGGCCGAGAGCAGCGGCGUGGAGAUCAUUCUGCCGGUGGACUUCACCUGCUCCUCAAAGUUUGGCGAGGAUGGUGAGGUCAAGGAAGGCGUGACAAUGGCGGACGGCAUCCCGGAUGGUUUCAUGGGCCUGGACUGCGGCCCCGCCUCCAUUGAGCGCAACUCCAAGGCGGUGGCUGAGUCCAAGACCAUCAUUUGGAACGGCCCCAUGGGCGUCUUCGAGAUGGCGAAGUUUGAGAGCGGCACCAAGAAGCUGAUGGACGCCGUGGUGGAGGCCACUGGCAAGGGAGUGAUCACCGUCAUCGGCGGCGGGGACACCGCGACGGCCUGCAAGAAGUACGGCACGGAGGACAAGGUGACCCACUGCAGCACUGGCGGUGGUGCCUCUUUGGAGCUGCUCGAGGGUAAGGAGCUCCCAGGUGUUGCAGCACUCAACGCGAAGGCAUAACCGGCCACUGCUUGGCCAUCCCAGGUAGUCGCGAAGGCAAGCGGCCGUGCGGCCAUGGCUGCCUGAGCCCCUUUUUCCAAGUCCUUUUGCCAGCCACGCCCAACACUUUCAGCAGGUCGGCCAUUGAGUCCCGU